AUGAACGAGAAACAUCCCCUUGUUCUUAUCUUCUUUGUCCUCUUACAAGUUGUCGGCGAAUUUCUGUUUAUUCCAGCAGCAUGGGACCGCCUUUCGAUCAAUCAGAUAGCGGCGUUGCCACCUCUGAUCGUUGCUCCUUUGGGGUUCCUGUACCUUUCCAAUACUACGUCCUCGACCAUCACCCCUGAGAAUCACCGGUCGGCAAUGCUGGCCUAUCCCUAUGACUUUGCUCUCUUCCACCCAGGCUAUUUCUGCUCUACCUGUCGAUUUGCAAAACCAGCCAGGUCCAAGCACUGUUCCAUAUGUAAGGCUUGCAUUCAAAAACAGGACCAUCACUGCAUUUGGAUCAACAACUGCGUCGGAAGGAAUAACUAUCUGUGGUUCAAUCUUCUCCUGGUCAGCAUAUCCGCACUGCUGUUCUACGGUUCAUAUCUAGGUUAUGCCUUGCUCGACCGAAGACUCCAGGAGCACCUCGUGCCGCCGGCGCUGACGAGGGGCAGUUUCACGGCCAAGCGGUGGAGCACUCGGAUGACUUGGGGCGAGUACGCGCACGCUUGGGCAUGGGCUAUCGCCAUGGAAUGGCGCAUCGGGGCCGUCAUGAUGCUGGCCAUUAUGUGUAUCCCCCUGGCGCUGGGUUUUCUAGCGUACCACAUCUAUCUCAUUUGGGCUGGAAUGACUACGAACGAGAGCUCCAAAUGGAGUGAUUGGAAAGAAGACAUCACAGACAAGGUAGUCUUCAGGGCGGAGAUGACUCGGCUGAGGGAGACAUAUCCACCUCUGCCUGAGGACGUCGAACCAUUAGACAAGGAUGUGAAAUGGCCCGUGGGCGUGCGGGCAAAGUGGUGGUUGGUGAGGACGAGAGAUGGCAAACAGCCGAUGAGGAAGGUCACCAGGGAGGCAGGAGAUGCUGCGAAUCCUGAGACUGAAGACGGAGGAGGUAAGAGGGGGGAGGAAGAGGUGCCAGACGAGCGAUGGGAGCGUGUUUCCUCGCUUGCACACGUUGAGAAUCUGUAUGACCUGGGCUUUUGGGACAAUCUGUGGGAUGGGCUGUUCAAUCGCGGAUGA